AUGCUUUCGGAUGACACCUAUAGUCUGUGGGAGGUUCACGAAAGUGGUGGAGAGCGAAAACUAGACGACGAAGAGAAACCGCUUUUGGUGCAGCUCACCUGGCAUCGUGAUGAUCGUGAGGGGCGAUUUCUGUUGCGGAAAAAUCGUCAAGGAAUGGCUCCAUUAGCAACAAUACAGCUACCAGAAGAGGAGAAUAUGAAGCGUGGUACGAAACGAUUUUCGAAGCGAGAAAAGAAAGAAAUGAAGAAAAAACAUCAGAAGGACAUAAUCACUGUAAAUACUGGCCGAGAAGAGGCGUUGGCACCGGUCUGCACUGACCUUUAUUGUCAGGUCAGUUAUUAA